AUGGAGCUAGCAACGGACUCGAGGGGGUUGUCAAUCCUCAAUCCUUCCCCUAGUCUUGUCCGGGGACCGACGCUCUUGCAUGAUCUCGUGGCGCUGUCGAGUAACGAUGAUAUGCUAGCGAUAGAUUAUCGUUUCCUUGCUGGCGAUAGAUACCGCCUCUCCUAUUCCGGGUUACGUAACGCCGUGGCAGCCUUAGCUGUGCGGAUAUCUAAUGUCUUGCGCUCUUUAGCUCGGGAAGACACCGGUGAGAAUCUCGUCAUCCCGAUCCUUCUGCCGCAGUCGCCGGUUCUUUACGUUGGGCUCCUUGCGGUAUUAAAGGCCGGCGCUGCUUUUUGUCCUCUAAGCCUUGACGCCCCGAAAGAACGUCUAAAUUUCAUGUUGAAGGAUGUCAGGGCUAAGAUCGUCCUAACCGACGCCAAAUCUGAGCCGAAACUCCCGGUAGAUGAAGAGGUGUAUAAGAUUUUGAUAGUCGACCAACCAUCGGACAAACCUGCGCAAGAAGAAGCCCAGUUGGCUCCUUACAGAGUACCCAAGGCUGAGGACUUAGCAUAUGUCAUGUAUACGUCUGGCUCGACGGGUCUGCCCAAGGGCGUCGGUGUAUCCCAUCUCGCCGUGACGCAGAGCUUGCUCGCUCAUGACCGCCACAUCCCGCCGUUCGCGCGAUUCCUCCAAUUCGCGGCGCCUACGUUCGACGUAUCUGUGUUUGAGAUUUUCUUCCCUCUAUUCCGUGGCCGCACCCUCGUGUGCUGCGACCGUGCAGAUAUGCUGACAGACCUCCCUGCUAUUCUAAGGGAUAUGCGCAUAGACGCGUGCGAGCUGACUCCCUCGGUUGCCGGCAGCCUUUUGAAGAAGAGAAGCAACGCCCCUGGAUUGAGACUCUUAUUGACCAUCGGCGAGAUGCUCACCGAACCAGUCAUCCGGGAAUUCGGGGGUGAUGAGAAUGAAGAAGGCUUACUUUGGGGAAUGUACGGCCCCACAGAAGUGGCUAUCCACUGUACGCUGCAGCCUGCGUUUUCGAAAUCGUCUACUAGGAAUAAUAUAGGGGUCCCACUUGACACCGUGUCGGCAUUUAUAAUAGACACAGACACGACCGAAUUUCGAGUGCUUCCUAUCGGCGACUCUGGGGAGCUCGCCGUUGGAGGCCACCAGGUUGCCACGGGCUAUUUCAACCGACCGGAGCAGACGUCGGCGGCUUUCGUCGAUACGCGUUGGGGCCGGAUCUAUAGGACCGGCGAUAAGGCGAGAAUGCUGCGAGAUGGCACUAUUGAGUGCCUCGGGAGGAUAGGCGGCGGUCAGGUAAAGCUGAACGGGCAGAGGAUAGAGUUGGGGGAGAUAGAGCAUGCUCUCUUACGCACGCCCGGAUGCCACGGCGCUUUCGCGGUUGUUGUCGCUAAUGUUUUGGUGGCCUUUGCGGCGGUCGAAGAAAGCUCGGAGCCUGCAGGGAUCCGUGCGGCUAUUCUUUUCCAAUGCAGGUCCUGGUUGCCGGCGUUCAUGAUCCCUACCGAUCUCCAGAUAAUGAGACAUUUCCCCUUGCUACCUUCAGGUAAAGUUGACAAGAAAACGUUAGUCGAGCACUACGAGGCGACAGCUUCUCAUAGCCCGUGUGCGGAGGAGACAUACGAGAAUGACCUGGAAUUUCGACUCUGCGAAAUGGCUGGGGCAAUCCUUGGCCAAAAGGUUGCUCCGUCGACUCGUCUACCCUCCUUAGGGUUAGAUUCCUUGUCGGCAAUUGAAUAUGCGUCGAUGAUUCGAGCCGUCGGAGUUGUCGUCAACCCGGUUGAUAUAUUGGACGUGCCAACCGUGCGAGAGCUGUCGCGCCUUGUUAAUGGUCGACGUGAUUCGGUAAACUCGCUUAGCUCCGAUGAAGAUUCUCUAGGUUCUAUGCGUUUAGAGCAGCGCGUAAAUCUUUUUGCAAAUGACGGCGCGAUGCAAUCACAUCUAGAUGAUGUCGAGCGUGUAGAACUGUGCAGCCCUCUCCAGGAAGCGAUGAUUGCGGAGACCCUAAAGGAUGCAAGAUUAUACAUCAAUCAGACUAAACUCCAUUUCCCUAGCUACCUCGCCAUCGAGUCGAUCAAAUCGUGGUUCUUAGCUCUAGCCCAGCGCAACGAAAUCUUACGUACCGGGUUCUCGCACUUAAGCCACAAGCUCUACCAAGUUAUUUGGAAACGGCUUAGGGAAGAUCAAAUCAAUAUUCUUGAUCGUACUCGCCCUUUUGAAUGCCUCGAAGUCGAGCAUUUUCUUCGUCGUCCGUUCCAACUUGAUAUUAUUCCUAACGAACCCGGGCCGAACUUCCAUACGGCUAUACUAACCCUACACCAUUCAAUAUACGAUGGAUGGACUAUAGAUCUGCUAAUCGAAGACCUUUCUUCGCUGGCGCGCAAUGAACUGCCAACUGACAGACCUCAGUUCAGACAAAUAUCUCGCUACCUUGCUACGUUGCCGGAAGCCGAGAUGAUGAGCGCUAGAGAAUUCUGGGCGGAACAUCUCCGUGGACGCACUCCCCCAGCUCUACCUAACUUCAAAACCAAAUCUGUGCCAGAGUCACAAAUCAGAACGGUGUGCAGGGAGAUGGGGCUUAACCCUACAAUAGUGAGGGACUUCGCUCUCGGGGCGUCCGUCGGCCCUCAGGUCGUAUUCCAAGCCUGCCUAAUGUGGCUUUGGGGUACAGUUUGUGGCGUCGACGACACGACAUUCGGUUCUGUAUCAUCCGGUCGCACUCUCCCGAUAAGUGGCACCGAGAAGGUGAUGGGUCCUUGCAUGACCACGCUUCCGUUAAGAAUAAUUACUAGUAGAUAUACUAGCAUUGUUGAACUCUUACAGGGAAUUCACGCUAUUAAUCGGGAGACUCUUAGACAUGGCAACAUUCCCCUUGCCGAGAUCAAGCGGGCAGCUGAGAUCCCGCUCUCUCAGAAACUGUUUGAUGUCAUAUUUGCCUACCAAGAAUCCCUUGUUAGCCGCAGGCGAGACAUUACUAUCAUCCGCGAGGACUCGCAUCAGGAUGCCGUAGAAGCUAAGCUUCUCGUCGAGAUCUCGCCCUCGGAAAGUCAGUAUUCAUGUCAGAUUACAUGGCACUCGGAUGCAUUUUCGAAACCGCAAGUUGAAUGCUUAUUUCAACACCUAAGCCAUUUGGUCAACUACUUUGUUAGAAAUGGCAACGAGCCACUAAGCGGUGUCUCGCGGAGUUUCCCACUUGAACGGUUGUCUCUUUACAACGAGAAACCAAAGCGUCUUAAGCUACUAUCAAGCUUGUCGGAACUCGUAGAGAGGUCGGCCUCGACCUUUCCAACUCACGACGCUCUGUGUUUCGCUUCUGCCAUCGGCGCUUCGGGUCUAGAGGCGCGCGUGUUGACAUACAAAGAGUUAAAUUCGAAAGCAAACCGUAUAGCUAGGUAUCUUCAACGAUCCGGCGUCGUCGGCGGGGGGGUAAUUGCGGUAGUGAUGGAUAAGUCGACAUUGAUGUAUUGCGCCAUACUCGGAAUCCUAAAAUCCGGCUGCGCAUAUCUUCCCAUACUUCCUAGCACCCCGUCGCAGAGGAUACGACUGAUUCUUGAGCAGGCUCGAACUCAAUUUUGUCUCAUUGACGGAUCCUUUCAUCUACAGCUAGUCGAGGGGUUCCCUUGCACAAUCAUCGACAUCGCGUGCUCGACGUUGGCUGAAUAUUCUGAUACUAAUCUCGAAAUUCCCAAGAACGCGUCCGAUCUUGCCUAUGUUAUCUACACCAGCGGAACUACCGGCACUCCAAAAGGCGUCUCGGUUACUAACACGAAUAUAUUGAGCAAUAUCGAAGUCCUAUCCCGAAUCUACCCUCAUGAGCCUUCCGACCGAAUGCUCCAAGCUUGUUCCCAGGCCUUCGACAUGUCCGUGUUCGAGAUAUUCUUCUCGUGGGGUACCGGCAUGUGCCUGUGCUCUGCUACCAACGACGUCUUAUUUGGGAACCUUGAAAAGGCUAUACGAGCGUUUCGGGUAACGCAUCUCGGCGUGACUGUCACCGUUGCCUCUCUGCUAGAGCCUCUUCAAGUGCCUAGUGUCAAGUUCUUAGUCACAGCCGGCGAACCAAUGACUGAUAGAGUCUUGGAGAGAUGGGCGGAACAGCUCUGGCAAGGAUACGGCCCUUCGGAGACCACGAAUAUUUGUACCGUAAGAAAGGUAUCGCAAGGAGACUCGUCGCAAUAUUUAGGAUGGUCUUUCGAAAACACCUCAACUUUUGUCUUCUCUCCGGGCACCGAAGAGCUUGUCCCUCUGGGUUGCGUAGGCGAGCUGUGUUUCGGGGGCGAUCAGGUGGCCGCGGGCUACCUGGAGACGCCCGAAUUGACAGCGGCAAAGUUUUUCGAGCAUCGUGACUACGGUCGCCUAUACCGGUCCGGGGACGUUGGGCGCAUGCUUCCCGACGGCUCCUUGGUCAUUCUCGGAAGGAUCGACACCCAAGUGAAGCUCCGCGGACUAAGGAUCGAGCUUCAAGAGAUACAAGCGAUUGCCCUGAGGAGCGGGUUUGCGAGCUCUUGUGCGAGUGUGCUUAUUACGCUCAGGGGCACUUCGUCCCAGCAGCUGGCGCUAUUUUAUGUUCCUACUGACCACAGAUCUACGACAUUUGGUUUCUUGUCUCUUACGGACUCGAUAAGACAGGGGGUCAGCAUGAUACGGCGGGAACUGAGAGCCUUUCUGCCAGAUUACAUGGUGCCGUCAUUCAUCUUUCCUAUAUCUGCCCUUCCAUUGACGUCAUCUGGAAAGGUCGAUUAUAAUCUACUAAGUCGUUCUGUCGACGACCUCUCCGACAGAACUUUGAGUUUAUGCAGUCAUACGGAAGAUCCUGAUGAAAGUUCCGUGGAAUGGACCGAGACCGAGAUUCUCAUAUCAGAAGUGAUAUCAGAAACACUUGGUAUCGAUAGAAAGGCGAUCAGUCGUUGGAGCUCAUUCGCUGCCCUCGGAAUAGAUUCCAUCUCCGCAAUGUCUCUAGCUCGAAGACUUCAAGUGGUAUUUGAAAAGAAGAUUUCCUUGCCCGGCAUUCUGUCAAAUCCGAGCGUCGGAAGACUAGCUUCGGUUAUUAAUAAGGAAAUGUCUCCCGUGAUGGCUCAUCCCGAAGGACGAGCUAGUAUCCUCCCGGGGCGGUUAGUUGAAGCGAUCCGACGCCGAUUUGUGAGCCGCGGAUUUGAGGAGGUGGAAAAUGUUCUUCCGUGUACUCCGCUGCAGGAAGCUAUGCUCUCGUCUGCUUCUCAAUCUAAAGCGGGCUCUUAUUGCAAUCAAAUGCUUUUCCGACUCCAUUUACCGUCCCAAAAUUUGAAGAAUCAUUGGGCUAUGAUGUUUGAGCGACAUGGAAUCCUACGAACGUGCUUUGUCACAACCGAAGAUCCCCAACAUCCGGUGGUCCAAGUAAUUUUAAAAUCCUACUUUCCUACUUGGAAUACCAUUCAAGUAGAUAAGGACAACUUUCAGGACCGUAUCGUCAGCCACGGGAGAUCCCUUCCGGCCGUGCUCGAAUCGGGCCAGCCUCCCGUGUCACUCGCCUAUUUUAUGCUCGAUGACGCUACAGAAUAUUUGUCUUUUAUUUGUCAUCAUGCUGUCUAUGAUGGUGUUUCGAUGAGAUACCUACUCUCUGAGAUCGAGGCGGCAUCCCGCGGUGAGCAGCUGCCGGCUCCUCUGUCGUUUGAGCCGUUCCUUCGGGAAACCCUUCCUUUACCUAUUGAAGUAGAUGAUUUCUGGGCAACCCACUUUGCUUCCUUUUCUCCUUUUCACUUUGACAAGUUGCUACACGGAAACGAUCCCGAACCAGAUGUAGUAUCCGGAAGCGCUUCCAGCAACUCGUUCUCGUACGUUGCGCGGCGGCUCCGAGACCUAAGCGUGUCGCUACUGCCGCUAUGCCAAGCCACGUGGGCUAUUACUUUGUCUUUGUUACAGGGAAAUGGCGAUGUCUGCUUCGGAAACGUCGUGAGUGGACGCUCUAUCGAUUUAGAUUCAAUUGAUACCCUUGUGGCGCCAUGCUUUAACACGGUGCCUAUGCGAUUGAACUUGUCAAGUAUCACUUUUCUUCACGAGAUCAUCAGGAAAUUUCAACAGCUCAAUACCGAGAUCAUGCCAUAUCAAUUUACUAGUUUACGCCGGAUACAAUCACGGCUUCCCGUAUCACGGCUCUUCGACACCAUACUCCUCCUUCAACCCCAGUCUAAACCCCUGGACGAAACUAUAUGGUCCUUGGUACAAGAGAACGGCGCAAUGGACGUACCUCUUGUAUGCGAGAUCACCCCUUUACCAGAACAAGAUGUCGUAACAUUGCAACUGCAUCGAGAUCCUUCGAUAUUUACCCACCAAACCCUUGUACUGAUUCUAGAUAUAUUUCGGUUCGUUUUUGACGCCUGUCUUGAACACCCAUCUGCGCAUGUAUUUACCGUCCCCGAAUUACCUGCGCCAUGGCAACACGACAUCGCUCAAAUAUCUGUAACGCAUGAAUCACCUCGAGAGGAUGCAUGCGCUGCAAUUGUAGAACAGCCUAACGACAGCGAGAGUUGGACCCAAACUGAGAUGGCUGUUCGUUCGGUAUUAUCUAAGUUAGUCAAGACCCCAAAAGAAGAAAUUAGACGCCAUACGUCGAUAUAUCGCUAUGGUCUAGACAGUAUCGGCGCCGUCCAGUUUGCGAAUCUCCUCCGUCGAGAGCUCUUUGCCGUUUCAGCGGUGGACGUAAUCGAAAACCCGACAUGCGCCGGUAUCGCCUCUCGUUUAAUGGAUCAAGGAAAUGGCGAACAGUUAUUUUCUUAUAACUUCGAUGCUUUCCAAGCUGCCGUUAGACGCGAUCUAACCAAUGUCCCAAGCCCGGAUAAAGCUUAUGAAGCAUUGUUGCCAUGCACGCCGACUCAACAAGGCAUGAUCUCGCAGUUCCUUAGCUCUAAAGGGGCGCAUUAUUUAAAUUUCAUGAGCUUCACCUUAAGACCGGAAAUUGACCCUCAGCAAGCUGUCGGGGCGUGGAUUCAUCUGGCAAGCCGCCACCAAAUACUCCGUGCUGGGUUCAUGGCGGUUAAUCAUGAAGACACCUCCUAUGCGAUGAUAGUUUACCCCAGCGUAGACUUCUCAGCCCCGAUAUCAGUUCGUUGUCAACCCAAAACGUUCGACGAUUCUGAAUGGCGUGCGGAGGCCACCUCGGAGGUCAUAAAUAACCUUUUGAAGCCUCCUUGGCAAGUCGUGAUUGUCAAUCAUAUGCGUGGUCCUCCAACAAUGCAUGUUGCAAUGCACCAUGCAUUAUAUGAUGAGAGGUCACUACGACGGUUGCUUUGCGAACUAGCAGGUGUUCUUUCAGGCAAGGUAGAAGAUGGGGAAGCCUUGCCGAUUCGAUCAGCCAUUUCUACGUGCCUUGAACCCGUGUGUUCUCAGGCUACCGCUACCUCUGAAGCUUUCUGGAAAGGGAAAGCCGAGGAUCUCGUGAUUAACAAGUUCCCAACAAUGACGCCACUUUACGUUACCGAACGAGUCCAGUCUACCGUAUCUAAAACGUGCGAUUCGUCCUCUGAGAGUCUUCGCCGUAGUGCUGCCAGAGCUGGUGUCACGGUCCGAGCCGCGUUACAGGCAGCCUGGGCCCGUGUCCUUUCUUCCUAUCUUGGGGAAACAUCGGUUGUUUUCGGAGUCGUCCUUGAUGGGCGGACUACGAAGGAAGAACAGGACGUAAUAUUCCCGAUGGUGACGACUUUGCCUAUUCUCGCACGUAAUUCCGACUCCAAUGCUGAGCUUCUUGAAUACAUGAUGCGAUACAACACUGAUAUGCGCCGACACGAGCGGACUCCCCUUACUAAGGUCCAACGAUGGCUCGGGCGGCCUGAUGGUCGACUCUUUGAUACGAUAAUAGGUUACCAGACUGAAGAUGUACCAAAAGGAAAUCUUCCGUGGGAAUUGUUAGAUGAGAUUGUGUCACUUGAGUACGUGGCCGCGUUAGAAGUUGUUGAGAUAUCUUCAAACGAGCUACAACUAAAUUUAACGCAUGACGCCCAGGUUUUACCACCGGGCCAAGCACAUAUUCUUCUACGACAAUUCGACGCGGUACUUCUCGACCUUUUAACGAAUCCCCAGAGUUAUGCCAACGAGCUUCCGCGUCGUGAUCCGGACCUUUUCUCUAUCAUUCCGGCGAGCCAUCCAGAGCUUCCGUCUCCCGCCAGUUUCCUCCAUCAGCUUGUAGAACAAACUGCCCAGCGCGUACCUACAGCAACUGCCCUUGAGUUCGUUGAGGAGUUAGGCAGCCCAAUCCGACGAAGAUACUGGACCUAUCGUGAACUAGAUGAGAUGGGCAACCGUGUGGCCAACAUGCUUUUGCGUCGCAAGAUGCCUCCGGGCAGUAUCAUCGCAACGUGCUUCAACAAGUGCCCAGAGGCUUACUUUUCGAUUCUCGGGAUUCUCAAAGCCGGUUAUGGAUUUCUUUCCCUAGAUCCUAGCGCCCCGGCAUCCCGGCUCGAGUUUAUCCUUAGCGACUCAGCAGCUGCGUGUUUGCUAACCGAGUCGGAGUUGAGUGUUAUUUUGAAUACGAAUACGCCAACGUAUACAGUUAGCGAGCAUGAGCUCUUGGAUUUCCCGGUUUCGUGCUGCGAUGCGUCGCAAAUAUCGCCAUCGGAUACAUGUUACUGCCUCUAUACGAGCGGCACGACGGGCAUUCCAAAGGGCUGCCUAAUUAGUCACGACAAUGCUGUUCAGGCCAUGCUUGCUUUUAAGCAGCUUUUCUCUGGGCAUUGGGACGCGUAUUCAAGGUGGCUACAAUUUGCCUCGUUUCAUUUUGAUGUGUCGGUAUUAGAGCAGUACUGGUCAUGGUUUGUCGGUAUCACUCUCGUCGCAGCUCCGAGGGACCUUAUACUUAGCGAUAUAAUAACGACUAUAUCGACUUUAGAAAUUACUCACAUUGACCUUACCCCAAGCCUUGCGAGACUUAUCCACCCUGAAGACGUGCCAAGCCUAUGCAAGGGCGUCUUUAUUACCGGGGGAGAGCAACUUCGACAAGAGAUCCUACAGGCGUGGGGACCUACGGAAGUCAUCUAUAACGCAUAUGGCCCCACUGAAGCCACCAUUGGAGUUACGAUGUUCCAAAGGAUGCCCGCGGAUGGAAGAUCGACUAACAUUGGCACGCAAUUUCCGAAUGUAGGCACGUACGUACUGGAACCAGGCACCGAAGUCCCGGUCCUCAAAGGCGGUGUUGGGGAGUUGUGCGUGUCCGGGCGGCUAGUUGGUAAAGGGUACCUAAACAGAGAAGACCUUACCAAUGAGCGAUUCCCAGUUCUGGAGCAAUACGUAGAUCGCGUUUACCGCACGGGAGACCUCGUCCGUGUCCUUCACGAUGGUUCGUUUGACUUUUUGGGUCGCGCUGACGACCAAGUCAAGCUACGCGGUCAGAGGCUCGAAAUUGGUGAAAUAAACCACGCCAUCAAGACUGGUCUCUCUGGUCAGUUAGCUGAUGUGGCUACCUUCGUUACGAGGCAGGCUGGGCAAGAGCGAGAUCUCCUCGUCUCCUUCUUAGCUCCCAUUGACUACCAAUCCGGCUCCACGGACUUGUGCAUCUGCGCUGACCAUCGUUCUCUCAAAAUGUCUCGGGCAGCGCUUGAAGCCUGUAAAAGCCGCCUUCCUGGGUAUAUGGUUCCUUCUUACGUAUUAUGCGUGCCGUUCAUUCCUCUGUCAGCAAAUAACAAAGCCGACGUCAGGCGUUUAAAGACUCUCUUUGCAGAAUUGCCUCACGACCAUCUACGAAGUCUUAUGACGGACUCCACUAUGUCCCGAAGAACACUCGACGAGAAGGAACAUUUAAUAUCGUCGGCAAUCUCGGCAAUUACACAAAUCAGAGAUGUUGAGAUACUCCCGUCGUCGUCAAUUUUUGAACUCGGGAUCGACUCAAUAAACGUAGCGCGCUUAGCUAUCAUAUUGAAAUCCAAGGGUUUCGUCCGCGGGAGCGCUUCACUCAUCUUACGCUAUCCUCAGAUAGACCGUCUCUCUCAAGCUCUGCAACAGGCGGACCCCAUUUCCCUUGAUAGACAGGCUCUUCAGGUCAACCAGUCUAUUCGUGCAUGUUACCAUAGGCAUAUCGGCAUGGUUUGUAGAGUGCUGGGGAUCGACAAGGCAGACGUGGACUACGUGGCGCCAUGUACUCCUCUUCAAGAGGGGAUGAUCACAAGAUCAAAGAUAGCCGAGAGUCAGUCGGUUUACUUCAACCAAUUCCAGAUUGAUCUUAACACGCAUGUGUCAGUCGAAGAAUUAAAACGCUGUUGGGACAGUGUAUUUAGAGAAUGUGAUAUACUGAGAACGGCAUUUCUCGCAACUACCGAUGGAUAUAUCCAAGUAGCCACCAAGCAAAAAGCCAUCCCUUGGUUCGAGAUUAGUGUAGGGGAAAAAGAAAUCGAUUGCAUUGUAUCAGAACGUCGAAGCAUUUGGGUUACUUCGAAUCAAAACAUCUUACGAAAUCCCGUGGAAAUCGAUCACUUCGAAUAUCGUGGAAGACAAACUAUUCUAGUCCGACUCUUCCACGCCGUCUACGACGGACAUAGUUUCGAACUUUUGCUUCGAAGAGUCAGUUCGAAGUAUCGUGGCGAACCACCUACGCGCGCCCCCGAAUUCCUUGACGUGUUAUCUCGUGGACCAUUGCUCAAACAUGGUCAAUACAGAACGUUCUGGGAGAAUGUUUUCCGAGAUCACGCGUUUCGGCCACUACCGGCCUUGACCAGUGAGCUUGGCGCGUCCGAUGUCUUCGUUUCUCGGGUUUUUCGCGUAGAUAAAUUGGAAGCUCGACGUCUGGCUCUCAGGGUAACGCACCAGACCAUGAUACAAGCUGCAUGGCUAGUUACGUUGAGCAAGCGCGUCGGAUUCGUACCAACUAUUGGCAUUGUCUUCUCUGGGAGGUCCCUGGUUCUCGACGGCAUCGAAGAUGUAAUAGGCCCUAUUUUUAACACGCUGCCAUUCCGAGUAGACUUCUCCGGACGGACUACUUGGGUAUCGCUUGUUCGGAGUAUCCAGGAGUAUAACACUUCCGUUCUUGAGUGCGUGCAUACACCGCUCCGAGAUAUUCAGAAAUGGUGCUCAAGCGGACAGCCGUUAUUUGAUACCCUCAUGACCUUUGAUCGUGAAGAUGUUUUUUCGGAAGAAAAGACGCCUUUAUGGUCUUCCGUUCAUUCGACAGCAUCGCCAGACUAUCCUCUUGCGCUCGAGGUGGUUCUAUCACGAGACAACUCCCUAACAGUUAACGCUGCCGCUAAGGGAAAUUUUGCUACGGACGCUGCGGUUUGUCUGUUACUAGAAGAACUCGGACAGGCUUUUGAAGACCUCGCUAGCUCGGAUGAUGAUACACCCCUUACUAGUAGCUUUACAGAAAGUAAUGGCUCAGCGACCUUACAAGAAGCACCUCGUGCAACAGAUCCACAUAUUCCGAGCACGUCGACUACGGGUAGAACAGAGCUUUUCAAAGAUAUCAAAGCAAGAAACGUUCGACACGAGGUUGCUUCCUUAGCUGGAUUGGCAGAUGAAGACGUACUCGAGAACACAAGUCUCUUCGAGCUGGGUUUUGAUAGCAUUGAUGCUAUCAAGCUCGCCGCGAGGCUCAAGAGACUUGGACUUCAUAUCACAAUCGGCGAGCUGAUGAAAAACCCAACUAUACGCAGCAUCAUUCUGUCGUAUAAUGCCGCAAAUACCAAUGGCACCUAUGGACAGAAUGGGAUGGCUAGUCUAAUAAACUCGGCUAACUCUUUGAGGGAUCAUCUUAUGCGGGACGGACUAGACCUUCACAACGUCACAGCCUCUCUACCACCGACGCCGCUGCAGGACUCCAUGGUUGCAGAAAUGCUUUUAUCUGGCUUUCAUCGAUAUUUCAACCAUGACGUAUUAGAGAUCUCUCCCGACACGAAUAUAGAUCGGCUAAAGUCGGCCUGGGCGCUUGUGUAUGCCAACUCUCCGAUCCUGCGCACCUCGUUCGCUGUCGUCGAUCAUCCGAACAGUAAAACCGCGUUCUGCCAAAUCGUCCGUGAUCAACCGCUUAAGUUCAAUUCGGCCGCGGAGUUUUCUAGUCUAGACGAUAUUUCAACGGUGAUUAGCCAGGCCCGAGAUAGGGCAGCUGCGGCAAAUGGAACAUCUGAUUUAUUCCAACUGACACUUGCGACGACACCGACAAAUCACUACCUAGUCAUAUCCAUCGCCCAUGCUCUAUAUGAUGGGUGGUCGCUUGAGUUGCUCCAUAAGGAUGUGUUAACUGCGUACGAAGGUCACUAUCGAUCUCGAGGAGGGUACGAGCCGUAUCUUUCUCGCCUUCUUUUUGAUUCUGUGACCGCAGGUGAAAGCUUUUGGGCCGACUACCUAAAUGAUGCCAGACCCACAAUACUUCAGCCAGUUGCGAAAGUAGUCGAUAGCCGUGAACCAACUAUACAUCGGUCAGAGCUAGUAUCAGCGUUGAAUCCGGAUGCAUUAAAGUCGUUAUGCCGAAGAUAUCGUAUCACUCCGCAGGUCUUAGCUCAGGGAUGCUGGGCACCAGUGCUAGCUUCAUUGACCAAAUCCCUGGAUGUGGUGUUUGGCAUAGUCUUGUCGGGAAGGGAUACAGACGAUGCACAGGAUCUCUUAUUUCCAACCAUGAAUACCGUACCAUUACGGGUCGUGCUUCAUGGGACCGUCACCGAGUAUUUUAAUUAUCUACAGGCUACCAUGUCAGAUAUCAUGGAAUUCCAGCAUUUUCCGUUGCGGGAAGUGCAAAAAGUAGCUAACCUCGCAGGCGAGCCGCUGUUCAACAGUCUUUUUCUCUUGCAAAAUACCAAGGAGCCCAGCAUCGGACCAUACUCACCAAUUUACAAGUCUGUUUAUGCGUCGUCGGCCGUGGAAUACCCGUUAUGCAUCGAAAUGGAACUCACAGAAAGCACAGCUCUAUGGCGCAUAGCUAGUGACGAACGUUAUGUGUCUCUUCAUGAUGCCAAUCAGAUUCUAAAGGAUAUCGAACAGAUCCUAUACUACUUUUCCGGAAACCACGACGAUAUUCUCGAAUUCUACCACCCGUCCGAGCAGGUAUCCAUCUGCGGCCUUAAGCCUUUUAAGUUAAGUAAUGCCGUCAAUGGCGGAGCGGAUAUGACACCGUCGGAUAUGUCAUCAUGUAACUCGUACUCCUUUAGUCUAGAGUCACCCAUACUCGACAUCUUAUCAGAGUUGUCAGGAGUAGAGAAACACGACAUCGACCCUAAUCAUUCCAUAUAUCACCUUGGACUGGAUUCUAUAAGUGCUAUCAAGGCGUCAUCCAUGCUUCGAAAACGCGGUCUCGAGAUAUCCGUUCGAGAUAUGCUGAGAGCAACAUCGAUCCGCGAAAUUGUGAAUGGGCGAACUGAACGCGCCGACAGUCCGGAACAUAUCACUCUUGAUACGCCUCUGCGAUUAGAGACAGUCUCAGGUAUGGCUAGAAUGGAGACACUACUCGAGAGCGCCGGGGUGGGUCAAGACGAAGUGGAAUCCGUCCUUCCAGCUCUCCCCAUGCAAAUACACAUGUUAAGCACCUGGCAAAAUACGGAUGGGUUCCUCUUCUACCCGCGAUUCGAGUACAGUAUCUCUGGCAAAAUAAACUACGAGAUAGUCGCGAAUGCUUGGUCUAAGCUAGUCGCUGAAAAUCCAAUACUUAGAACGCGCUUUGCUGCUACUGGGUCGGUAGAAAUUCCCUUCGUCCAGGUCAUCACGAAGUCAAAGCCGACAAACCCUGCGAAGCAGGUUACGCCAAGCCCUAGCCAAGAGAACUGGAUCUAUGAGGAGGCCGUGACGCCUUUUGUCUCAAUCUGCGUUGAUCAUUCGCACCAAGGAACAUUUCUGUAUCUCCACAUCCAUCAUGCGUUAUACGAUGGUAUCAGCCUUUCUGCAAUAAUAAGUCGCUUCUCAGAAUUAUGCGCCAACAUCUCGACUCCUUCUCUGGGACCUCGCCACUCCAGAUGGUACGAGUUUGUCUCGAACCAUUAUUCUCUUCAGGUUCGGCAACGGAGACAAAAUUUCUGGUCUUCAUAUCUUCGGGCCAUAGAACCGAGACAUCUGCUAACGCUACAAAGGUCGGUAACAACCGGCCAAAAGCCUCAACAAGUCGGACGGCUUCGGCGCGACGCCAUAAAAAGCGUAUCUGCUCUCAAGGCAAAAAGUUCGAUUUAUGGAAUUACACUACAAGCGCUCUUCUUCGCGGCAUAUUCCAAGGCACUGGCAGGUUUACGGCGCUCCGAGCUUAGGGGGCUGGGUCAGGACGUCAUAUUUGGUAUAUACCUUGCGAAUAGGACAAGUUUCGGUGGUCUUGAAGAAGCUGUCUUUCCAACGUUGAGUAUUGUACCUCUGGUAGUUAGAAAACCGCUAGCCCGGUCAACUGUCGAAUUAGCUGUGGAUAUUCAGAAGGAUAUCCUCGAAGUUGGCAAGUUCGAAAAUGUCAGCGUCGGCUUAUGGGAAAUAUACGAGUGGACCGGGAUGCAGAUCGAGAGUUCUGUUAACUUUCUCCCUGCCUUGGAGGAUUCGAUCACCGCAUACACGAACCGUAGUGUUACAAUGACCGAGGUGACUAGCCAUUCAAAGUCAACCCCUGAAAGCAACGAACCACCGUCGAGCCUUGCACAGCCAAGCGCAGACUUUGCAUCGCGGAAUAAAGCAAGGAAAGCAUUUCUACACACGAUAGAUGUCGAAGCGGCGGUUCAUGGUGAUGCCAUGGAUAUUGGCGUAUUCUGUCCGCCUUCCUUCUCAGAAUCCAACGUAACGAGUUUGGUUGACGACCUCAUUAUUUCAUUGGAGGCUGUACGUUAG